AGUUCCCAAAAUUUUCUGCAUUAUCGUCAUCACCCGUAGAGGAUUUCGAGGAGCUAUCAACUGGCCAACGAAGAGCAAUACUAAGUCCUCCUUCAUCCCUAACCAUUUGAUUGCUUGGGCCUUGGAGAAGCAGAAACAAAUUACUUAAUGGCUCCCACAUUCGGCAAAUGUUUCACGUUCUGCUGUGCAAAGACCUCUCCCGAAGGAGACGAAAUGGCCACGGAAUCUUACGAAGCCGCCAUCAAAGGACUUAAUGAUCUUCUCAGUAAGAAAACAGAUCUGGGGAACGUCGCCGCGGAGAAGAUCAAAGUGUUGACGCAGGAGCUCAAGGAGCUUGAUUCCUCCAACAACAACGCCGUUGAACGAAUCAAAUCCGGUUUCACCCACUUCAAAACCGAAAAAUACUUGAAGAAUGAUGCUCUAUUCAGUGAUCUCGCCAAGGGUCAGAGCCCAAAGUUUCUGGUAUUCGCUUGUUCGGAUUCUCGAGUUUGUCCAUCUCACAUUUUGAAUUUCCAACCUGGUGAGGCCUUUGUCGUCAGAAACAUUGCUAACAUGGUUCCACCUUUCGACCAGAAGAGACAUUCUGGAGUUGGUGCCGCCGUUGAAUACGCAGUUGUACAUCUCAAGGUGGAGAACAUUGUGGUGAUAGGCCAUAGCUGUUGUGGUGGUAUUAAGGGACUCAUGUCCAUUGAAGAUGAUGCUGCACCAACUCAGAGUGACUUCAUAGAGAACUGGGUGAAGAUAGGUGCACCAGCAAGGAACAAGAUCAAGGAAGAAAAUCAAGACCUAAGCUACGACGAUCAAUGCAACAAGUGUGAGAAGGAAGCUGUGAAUGUGUCGCUUGGGAACUUGCUUUCGUACCCAUUUGUGAGAGCUGCAGUAGUGAAGAACACACUUGCAAUAAGAGGAGCUCACUACAAUUUCGUGAAAGGCACAUUUGAUCUCUGGGAGCUCGAUUUCAAGACCACUCCUGCUUAUGCCUUCUCUUGAACAUAUACUCUUUGCUGUUAUCUUCUCACAAAAAGCUUUGAUUCAUAUUUUUCUUCUUUCUCAUAUGUUGAUUCUGGUCUCAACUUCUUUUCUUGUUUCAAACUUUCAACUUUUGCUGCUUCUGUUUCGAAAAGAUGUAAACAAUAAAACUAUCAACAACAUUUGAAUC